ACCGGACAGAAACGGCUGAUCCUGGGGCUGUCAGUUGCUCACUGUUUUGAGGGAGUAAGCCUGGUUUGUGUCUCAGCAUGUCAAUAGUAACAGUGCAGCUUGGUCAGUGUGGCAAUCAGAUUGGUUUUGAAGUGUUUGAUGCUUUAUUUAGUGACUCACACUGUCCCCAGGGACUCUGCUCUAAAAGGGAGAAUGAGGCAUAUCAAGCAUCUUGCAAAGAAAGAUUCUUCAGUGAGGAGGAAAAUGGAGUUCCAAUUGCUCGUGCUGUACUUGUUGACAUGGAACCUAAAGUUAUCAAUCAAACACUGUCAAAGGCUGCCCAUUCUGGCCGAUGGAAAUAUGGCCAGCAUUCAUGCUUCUGUCAAAAACAAGGUUCUGGAAACAACUGGGCAUAUGGAUACUCUGUUCAUGGACCCAGGCAUGAAGAAUCUAUAAUGAACCUAAUCCAGAAGGAAGUGGAGAAAUGUGAUUCUUUGAAUGGUUUUUUCAUCAUAAUGAGUAUGGCCGGAGGCACAGGAUCAGGGCUAGGAGCCUUCGUUACACAGAACUUACAAGAUCAGUACUCAAACUCUUUGAAAAUGAAUCAGAUUAUAUGGCCUUAUGGAACUGGUGAGGUUAUUGUUCAGAACUACAACUCCAUUUUGACACUUUCUCACUUGUACCGAUCUUCAGAUGCCCUCCUUGUUCAUGAGAAUGAUGCUGUUCAUAAGAUCUGUGCGAAACUGAUGAAUAUCAAGCAGAUCUCCUUCCGUGAUAUAAAUCAAGUCCUCGCACAUCAGCUGGGAAGUGUGUUCCAGCCUACUUACUCUGGGGAAGGCUCGUUUCACUACAGAAGAAAUCCACUAGGAGACUUAAUGGAGAAUUUAGUUCCCCAUCCAGAAUUCAAGAUGCUGGGUGUUCGUAACAUUCCUCAAAUGUCUGAGAAUUCACUGGCAUACAGCACAUUUACUUGGGCUGGCCUCCUCAAGCAUUUGAGACAGAUGCUCAUUUCUAAUGCGAAAAUGGAAGAAGGUAUUGAUUGGCAGGUACGGCCUCCUUUAUCAGGACUUCCUACGCUUGGUAAAAUGUCUCUCAACAAGGAGUUUCAUUUUAACACUUCCAUUGCUAACUUGGUCAUCCUUCGUGGGAAAGAUGUACAUAGUGCGGAGCUGGGAGCAUUUAAAGAUCCAGCUCUCUAUACUUCCUGGUUAGAGCCUGUUCAUGCUUUCAGUGUGUGGAAAACCCAGCGAGCCUUUAGCAAAUAUGAGAAGUUUGCAGCGUUGGUCAGCAAUAGCCAGUUCUUAGUAAAACCACUUGAUAUGGUUGUGGGCAAAGCAUGGAAUAUGUUUGCUUCAAAAGCCUACAUUCAUCAGUACACAAAAUUUGGAAUUGAAGAAGAGGAUUUUUUGGACAGUUUCACAUUGUUAGAACAGGUUAUUGCUAGUUACUGCAACCUCGGAUUUUGAACAAAGGGGGAAAAUUACCUUAAGUCAUCUUUGGACUAAAAUACUUGCAAUACUACUUUCUCCGUAAGGUUUUUCAAAUUCCUAUCU